GCAGUCCCAAGGUGGAGCUGUCUCUUGUGUUAAAUGACACUGGCUGAGUAAAGCGCUCAGGGCUUAAAGGCUGAGUCAAAAGCCAAGAAGUCUCUUUAUGGACGCCUACCUCCCAGCCCUUGGCAAUCUGACUAAUAACAAACUGAGCUAACAAGAAAGACUAGAAAGGGAGGAAAGGGAACACUGCUGCAGCUUGGAUCUACAAACUAAGAAAGCAAGAGUGAUCAAUCCCAGCUCUGUGAAACAUCUUGUUUAUUUACUGCAUUCCGCAGCUUGCAAAUGGUUAACUAUAUGCAAAGAAAGUCAGCAUAGCUGUGAAGUAUGCCGUGAAUUUUAAUUGGGGAGAAAAGGCAACUGCUUCAGGAUGAUCUAGUAUGCACUCGGUCUGAAAUAUAUUCAAUGAACUGCUCAGCAUUUAGUCUUUGAGCAGAGCUUUUUAACUUUAUGAAGCAAUGGGACCUGCCAAAAAGUGAUAUUUGAGAAGAAAGUACGUGGCGGCUGGUUUUUCUUUUUUAAUAAAGAAAGUGAAUUGACUUUGACCAUCUCUUCCAGCUGUGCAUUGCAGAUAACGUCAGGAAGAGUUUCUGCUUUAUAGAAUCACAUUUCAUCACAUGACAACAUGAAGCUGUGGAUUCAUCUCUUAUAUUCAUCUCUCCUCACCUGUAUAUCUUCACAGUCCCAAUCGCCGAUGUCCUCAGCCAGAGGUUCUUGUGACUCUCUUUGCAAUUGUGCGGAAAAAGACGGUGCAAUGCUAAUAAACUGUGAAGAAAAAGGUAUCGAGAAGUUAUCCCAAAUAAGUGUGCCACCAUCACGACCUUUCCACCUAAGUUUAUUAAAUAAUGGCUUGACAAUGCUUCACACGAAUGACUUUUCUGGGCUUACCAACGCUAUCUCAAUACACCUUGGAUUUAACAAUAUUGCAGAUAUCGAGACUGGUACAUUUAAUGGUCUUGGCCUUCUUAAGCAACUUCAUAUCAAUCACAAUUCCUUAGAAAUUCUUAAAGAGGAUACCUUCCAUGGAUUGGAAAACCUGGAAUUCCUACAAGCAGAUAACAAUUUCAUUACAGUGAUUGAACCAAGUGCCUUUAGCAAGCUCCACAGACUUAAAGUGUUAAUUUUAAAUGACAAUGCUAUUGAGAGUCUUCCUCCAAACAUAUUUCGGUUCGUUCCUUUAACCCAUCUAGAUCUUCGUGGAAAUCAGUUGCAAACAUUGCCUUAUGUUGGUUUUUUAGAACACAUUGGCCGGAUAUUGGAUCUCCAGUUGGAGGACAAUAAGUGGGCCUGUAACUGUGACUUAUUAGAGCUAAAAACUUGGUUGGAAAACAUGCCUCCGCAAUCUGUAAUUGGUGAUGUUGUGUGCAACAGCCCUCCAUUUUUCAAAGGAAGUGUACUAAGCAGACUGAAAAAGGAAUCAAUUUGCCCCACUCCACCAGUGUAUGAAGAACACGAGGAUCCUUCAGGAUCAUUACAUCUGGCAGUAACAUCUUCAAUAAGUGAGAGUCGCAUGUCAACCAAGACCACAUCCCUUUUGAAACCAGCCACCAAAGCACCAGUUCUGAUACCCUAUAUUACAAAGCCAUUCACUCAACUUCCAGGACCCUACUGUCCUAUUCCCUGUAACUGCAAAGUACUAUCCCCAUCAGGACUUCUAAUACACUGUCAAGAGCGCAAUAUUGAAAGCUUAUCAGAUCUAAAGCCUCCUCCACAAAACCCUAGAAAGCUUGUUCUAGCAGGGAAUAUUAUCCAUACAUUAGUGAAGUCUGAUCUAGUGGAAUACUUCACUUUGGAAAUGCUUCACCUGGGAAACAAUCGUAUUGAAGUUCUUGAGGAAGGAUCCUUUAUGAACCUAACAAGAUUGCAAAAGCUCUAUCUAAAUGGUAAUCAUCUGACCAAAUUAAGUAGAGGCAUGUUCCUUGGUCUCCACAAUCUUGAGUAUUUGUAUCUUGAAUACAAUGCAGUUAAGGAACUAUUGCCAGGAACCUUUAACCCAAUGCCUAAACUUAAAGUCCUCUAUUUAAAUAAUAACCUCCUACAAGUUUUACCACCACAUAUUUUUUCAGGGGUUUCCCUAACGAGGAUAAACCUUAAAGCAAACCAGUUUACCCAUCUCCCCGUAAGUAAUAUCUUGGAUGACCUUGAUUUAUUGACUCAGAUCGACCUUGAGGACAAUCCCUGGGAUUGCUCCUGUGACCUGGUUGGAUUGCAACAGUGGCUACAAAAACUGAGUAAGAACACAGUAACAGAUGACAUCCUCUGCACUUCUCCAGAGCACCUGGACAAAAAGGAAUUGAAAGCACUAACUAGUGAACUCCUUUGCCCAGGUUUAGUCAAUAACCCAUCCCUGCCAACUCAAACUAGUUACAUAAUCGUCAGUCCCCCUACAACCACAACUACAGCCGAUACUAUUUUAAGAUCACUUACUGAUGCUGUACCGCUGUCUGUUCUAAUACUAGGGCUGCUGAUCGUGUUCAUAACCAUUGUGUUCUGCGCUGCAGGGAUAGUGGUACUUGUUCUCCACCGCAGGAGAAGAUACAAAAAGAAACAAGCAGAUGAACAGAUGAGAGACAACAGUCCAGUCCAUCUUCAAUACAGUAUGUAUGGCCAUAAAACAACUCACCACACUGCUGAAAGACCAGCAUCUCUCUAUGAGCAGCACAUGGUGAGUCCCAUGGUUCAUGUCUAUAGAAGUCCAUCCUUUGGCCCAAAGCAUUUGGAAGAGGAAGAAGAAAGGAAUGAAAAAGACGGAAGUGAGGCAAAACAUCUUCAAAGAAGUCUUUUAGAACGGGAAAAUCAUUCACCACUCACAGGGUCAAAUGUGAAAUACAAAACCACAGACCAAUCAACUGAAUUUUUAUCCUUUCAGGAUACCAGUUCAUUAUAUAGGAAUAUUUUAGAGAAAGAAAGAGAACUUCAGCAGCUGGGAAUCACAGAAUACCUAAGGAAGAACAUUGCUCAACUGCAGCCUGAUAUGGAAGUACAUUAUCCUGGAGCCCAUGAAGAGUUAAAGUUAAUGGAGACCUUAAUGUACUCAAGGCCAAGGAAGGUAUUAGUGGAACAGACUAAAAAUGAGUAUUUUGAGCUUAAAGCUAAUUUACAUGCUGAACCUGACUACUUAGAAGUCUUGGAGCAGCAAACAUAGAUGGAGAGAUCGAGGGCUUUUGCAGAAAUGCUGUGAUUCUGUCUUAAGUCCAAUCCUUGUAAAUAAGUGCCUUACAUGUGUGUGUCAUCAAUCAGAACUAAAGCACAGCAGUAAUCCUAUGGGAAAAAAAGAAGAAAAAGAAACUCAGGGAUCAUUGGGAGAAGCCAUUGCAUUUUCUUCAGGCAAUUUUGCCUGCCCCUAAUAAAUUAAUCCUUGUAUGUAAAUCAUCCAAGGAUUAUAGUAAUAUUUCUCCAUAUACUUAAAAGUGUUUCAGAAAAGUCCUGUUGCACAUCUAAAAGGGUUGAGUAUUUAAGCAACCCUUAUUUUCUUGAAUUACUUUACCAGUGGAUGAAAUAAAAUUGGUUUUGUCACUUAAAAGUUAUACCUGUAUAUGUAAUUAUAAUAUGUAAGGAAUAUAUUAUUUAUAUAAUCAGCAUAUACCACAAAAAAAUGUACAUUGUCAGAUACACCUAAUUUUCUUGCAAUAAAGGCAAAAGGAACUGGAACUUUAAAAUUAUGACUAGUAAUAGUAAAGAAAAAAAUAGAAUGUGGAAUUAUAUAGGUUAUGAGUGACCCAAAACUGAAUAUUUGAGGGUUAGAAAAAUGUCACUGCUAUGCUUUCUGAAUUUAAAAAUAAGAGUCAUUAAUAGUUCAGGUGAUGAAUAAGCAAAGUUUUUUGGUUUUUCUACACAUUUUUGUGUGGACAAUCUUAUUGUCAAUGCUGCUGUGAACUAAGGUAUGUCAUUUGUGCUCAAACUUUGAUUCUUGUUCUUGGGAUAUUUUUAAAAUGCUACUGAUAUUCAACUGUAAAUAUGAUUAGUGCAUAAAUUAAGUUUGGUUUCUUUCAUAGCAUUAAUCCUUUGUAAAAUUUGAAUGACCAUGAUAGAAAUAUGUUUCUUGUGGCAAGUAAUAAUUCACAGGUAUAAAACAAAUAGGAAAAAUCGUGUUUUUAAAAAAUUUUAUUAAUGUAAACUGGUAGUUGUCAUAAAUUAGUACAAAAGGCAUGUCUAAGGGUAGGUGGUUUAAGUUGCCUCAAGAGUGGGACAAUGUAGCUUUAUUUUACAAGAAAGUAUAGCUAGAUUUCUAUGAACUAUUUAUUCUGUACAGUUUUGUAUAUUUUUGGUUCACAAAGGUAAUUAUUCUUGGGUGCCUUUCAAGAAAAUUAAAAAUACUGCUCACUACAAUAAAAAUAAAAUGAAAACUC